AUGGGGAAGGGCUACCACAAGAAGCUGGGAGUGAACAAGGCGGCCAUCGCCGGCACCGGCUCCGGGAAGAGCAAGGCCAUGCGCGGCGGGAACGGUAAACGCGCUGGCGGGGCCGGACCGGGGGGAGGCGCGAAGGCAGUAGCUGGCGCGGGCGGUGGGGGAUGGGGAGGCGCGCCGACGUUCUCUGCCACCGACCAUAGCACCAUCCAGACGGUAAGCUGGCAAACCUACCGAUCAUUAGCCAUUACGCCUUCUUCCAAGGCGGCCACCGCCGGGGAAGGGAAGGCCAAGGUCGCCGGCGGCGGCAAUGCUAAGCGCUCGGGAGGCGUGGUCACUGCCGGCCCGAGAGGAGGCGCGGUGGGCGCGGGCAGGGCCGGCCCAGGAGGUGCCAAGGGAGCAGCAGGUCGAGCGGGCGGUGGCGGCUGGGGCGGCGCGCAGCCAUUCUCUGCCACUGGCCAUAGCACCUUCGAGACGGACGUGCAUGCCACGAAUGAAUACUACGACUGUUCGUCUGAGCACGGUGUGUCAUUCUCUCCCACUGACCAUGGCACCUUUGACACGGCGGCGGAGAAAAUGAAUGAGUACUACGAUGAGGAGGAGAACCUUGGUUUGUCAAUGGACGAGGAAGAGGGCGUGCAGGAUGCUGAACUUGUGUCUGAUGCAAACGGAGAGGGUGACCACGACAGUGGCGGGGGUGGUGAUGACGACAAUGCCGGGGCUGUGAGUGGUGAUGACCUCUUCGACGGUGAUGACUACUACGACGAUGACGUCGCGGGGGGUUUUGACGGUGGCUACGAUGAUGAUGGUGGGGAUGGAGCUGACGACUGGUGGUAG